UUGAAGUAAUAUUACAACCUUGUGGACUUUCGUGUUGUUUUGCUUCAGAAGUGCCAAACAAACGCGAUUGACAAGGUUAUCCAAGCUCUGGCUAAGUUAGCUGGACUAAAAGCUGCUGUCCUACUGCUGCUAACGCGUUGCUUCAGCUGGGUGAGCAGUAUUACAGGGAUGCUAUGGAGCAGUGUCAUAACUAUAAUGCCCGUCUAUGUGCAGAGAGGAGUGUGAGGAUGCCCUUCCUCGACUCUCAGACAGGUGUCGCCCAGAGCAACUGCUACUUCUGGAUGGAGAAAAGACAUCGAGGACCAGGUAUGGCUCCAGGUCAGUUGUACACAUAUCCAGCAAGACGCUGGAGAAAAAAAAGAAGAGCUCACGCUCCAGAGGAUCCUCGAUUGGCCUUCCCCUCUCUUAAGUCCGAGCUGGAUCUGGGGCUUAAGAAGGACGUUUUCUCCAGUGAUGGCAGCAGCUUAGAGGCCCUUUUGAAGGGUGAGCCAUUGGAAAAGAGAUCAGGAUUGGAACUCUGCACAGGGGAGGAAGAGCCUAACUCAACAGAAUACUCUGCCGUGGGACUGAACCCUAAUGCCAGGGUCCGUAAGAGAAUUGUGGAACCAGAUGAUUUUCUAGAUGAUUUGGAUGAUGAAGAUUAUGAGGAGGAUACUCCGAAAAGAAGGGGAAAGGGCAAGGGCAAGGGUCGUGGUGUCAGCAGUGCUCGGAAGAAGUUGGAAGCAGCAGCUGCUUUGGAGGAUCGGGAUAAACCGUACUCUUGUGACAACACUUUCAAACAAAAGCAUAUUUCAAAAUCUUCAGAAAGAGUCUGUGGGAAACGCUACAAAAACAGACCUGGUCUCAGUUAUCAUUAUGCCCACUCUCACUUGGCUGAAGAGGAGGGGGAGGACAAAGAGGUGGAGGACAUCCGUGAACUGACUCCACCUCAACAGGACGAACCCAAGACUCCUAAGAAGGGCCCUGAUGGUUUGGCUGUGCCGAACAACUACUGUGAUUUCUGUUUGGGAGAUUCUAGCAUGAACCAAAAAACUGGCCAAUCAGAGGAUCUUGUGUCCUGCUCAGACUGUGGUCGUUCUGGUCACCCCUCGUGUCUGCAGUUCACUCCGGUGAUGAUGGCUGCAGUGAAAACAUAUCGUUGGCAGUGCAUUGAAUGCAAGUGCUGUAAUAUAUGUGGAACCUCAGAAAAUGAUGACCAGCUGUUGUUUUGUGAUGACUGUGACCGAGGUUACCACAUGUACUGCCUCUCACCCCCUAUGUCUGAACCUCCUGAAGGAAGUUGGAGUUGUCAUCUAUGUUUGGCCCUCCUGAAAGAGAAAGCCUCCAUAUACCAGAAUCAGAAUGCCCCCCCUUCAUGACUUCAAGAGUUGUUCAAAUGAGCACAUUAUCGGGUUGCACAAAAGUUGUAGUAGAGCAAAAAAAAAAAAGAGAUGAGCACCUCACCUAGCACUGUAGUGACAAAUGGAGGGAGAGAAAGAGAGAAUGCAAAUAAGAUGGAGGGCAUUAUUCCCUUCCCUUUUCCUCUCUCACAUCUCAGCAGGUUUGAUCUCAGUAUGACUGUUACACAGUUUCAAGAUUCAAACUACCCCGCUCUUUGUUUUCAACUAUUUGCCCUCCCAAAAUACCCCUGUGCCAAAUGACACAGCCAAUAAGAAAUUCUCCUCACUUGUAAAUAAUUCUAGGAUGUCACUAUGAGAAUAUAUGACUCUGUUUUUGAGUUCCUGCUCAUAUUAGACCUGAAUAAUUCCACAUCUUUCCACAGACACAGUUCAAUAGAAAACUAAUUAUAAACCACAGCUAAAAUCAGCCAAAAUAUAGAUUGCUUACAGCCAUAUCCGAAUUGCUUAAUGUACGGACACUGCUUCUCACGGAGAAAAAUAGUUGAAACCAAUUAGCAUGCCAAUGCUUUUUCAUAAUAAGCAAAAUAGGAAAAGGAAAAACAUAAAAAACAAAUUUUUUUUGUAUAUUUAUAUAUUUGUAUAGCUUAUAAAUGUGUGUUGUAUAUUUAAGACUUUAAAAAUAGAAAUGGUUCAUUAUUACAAUGGUAUUUGCUUGGGGAUUUUUAGGGAUUUUUAAUGAUAGCGUGUGUAAGUAUUAUCUUCAUACUGAAUGCAAUUGAAGCACAGAAUCUUACAGUGUGCAAGUUCUUCAGUAACUAAUGGGUUAAUGAUGCAGAUUAGCAUAGUCAUAUUGAACAGAUUUUUGUGGUUUUCCUUUAUUUUUGCUUUUAAUUAUGUUGGUUUAAACUUGGUGAAGGAGAGUAUGUAUGUAUGUGUCAGGUAAAGCAAUGAGGAAGAGAGGGCUUCCAAGCAGGUCCCAGUUUAAAAUAAACAUCCAGAGACAGUAAUAAUUAUUAGCAAUUAAUUGUGCCGACACCACAUAAUAUACAAUGCAACCCGGACCACCCUGAAAUCAGUUUGUGAGUGUUCAUUGUCAGAUUGUCCACUAAGAAUGUUCCUACCAAGGAGCUUCUGAAUGGUUUGUUGUGGAGUUCAGGCUUUAUGAAAACUGUGAAAUCGUGUAAGGAAUUAUAUGGACAAAACAACUUGACAAUGCCAUACUUCUCAUGUUUCUGAGGACAGAAUUUCCAUUUAUACAGCCAUAUAUUUCCACUCACAUGCUUAGUAAGCUGGUAAUUUCAAUUCAACUUGAUUGAUCUGGUAGGCUACUGAGUUUUACAAUUUGAGGUCUGGAUAUGUUUCUUGCCAUUUAAUGAGUUUCUACAAUUUAUAAAAACAGAAUUAUAAUUGAUAAAAUAUGAAUGUUGUCAUCCUUAACUUAAAGGACUGAAAGUACAGAAACUUCUCUAGUAAAGAUAAAGAGGAGCUGUGUGAACAAGGGUAUUCAGCGCAAACCCAGUGCAAAGCUCAAUACAACACAGAUGAGCAAGUUUGGUAUGUGCUUAAUUUAGCAUAGCAUUAUUUGAAAAACUUUCUUGGUUUGAAAAAGUAAGCUAAGGUAAAUACUGUUUAUUACCUUCUACAAUUAUUCCCUUCUUUCCUGUUGUCCAUUAGCAUUUACCUUUGCAACUAGCCAAAAUGUUAUUUUUGUAUAAAGAAUUAAUCUGCAGUGCAUCCAGCUCUCCUUUUUUUUUUUUUUUUUUUAAUUGUCAAUACCUGUAGAUUAAGUGUGUAUGCUCUUAUGUCUUCAGUUCCAAAACAACUGCAGAUUUCCAUAAAGGGAGUUAGGCUUAUAU